AUGAGCAGUCUGAGAGGCAUGCAGCAGCCUGAGCUCUCAAAGAAGCUGUACAAGCUGAUCAAGACGGAGAACCACGCAAUCGGAGCCUUCGAGUCUGCUGGGCGUGAGACCCAGAGCAUUGCCAACCAGCUCAGCGAAUGGGGCGAGAGCACCGAAGACGACGCUGUUAGCGAGGUUAGCGACAAGCUCGCUGUGCUCCUGGCGGAGAUUGCGGAUCAGGAGGACAUGUUUGCGCAGAACUUGGAGGACUCGAGGGGUGUUCUCAAGCAGAUCAGAAACACCGAGUCGAGUGUGCAGCCCAGCCGAAAUCAGAAGGCGAAGAUCCAAGACGAGAUCCAAAAGCUCAAGUACAAGGAGCCGGAGUCCACAAAACUACCAAUCCUCGAACAGGAGCUCGUUCGAGCAGAAGCUCAAUCACUGGUAGCGGAGGCACAAUUGACGAACAUCACGCGGCAGAAGUUCAAGGAAGCCUACGACCUCCGCACCGCAGCUAUCAUCGAGCGCGCAGAGAAGCAAAUCAUCCUCGCCACCCAAGCUCGACGUGUUCUCAACUUGCUCGACGACACGCCAAUCGUGCCGGGAGAGGAACGUCAGCUUUUCGCCGGCUCGUCCCAGGCGCAGAACAUCUUGAACGAUGCUGAGACUGCUCUACGCGGAUGGUCCCCGUCGCUCGAAGGGGUGCAGAUGCACUCAACUGGCCUAGGUACGAAUGCUAUGCCGGCGUCGACUACGGAAAGUCUUGAGUCUCCAAGCUCGACCACCAUGGUGACGGCCCAAAAGAGGAUCGAAGAGCGGGAACGGGCGCAGGAGGAGGGUAGGGAGGAGGCAGUGGUGGCGCCGAGCUCGACUUGA